AUGGUGUACUUGCAUGUAUGUUUGUUGCAUGGAUCUCAGUCAGCUUUGGCGUUGAUAGACCGUGGAUGCAGUUAUAUAAACCUUGUAAACAUGAUUACGUCAGAGUUCAGUUUGGAUCCGACAAAGGUAGCAGUAUCAUUGAAGUAUAUACUCAACGACGAUUUGCCUGCAAUCAGGAUAAAAAAUGACAGCAACGUGCUUGCAUACAUUCUGUUGAAAGAAGUCGAUCGUGAUCCAGCUAAAUACCCAUUAAUCAUUGACAUAAUUGAUGCAGCAAUACAGUACCCGUCUGACAUGGUCACAGAUAAUGCUUAUCGUAACAGUGAGCUUUAUACUUUGCAGGAUGUGGCCACAGAAAUUUGCGAAGUAUCAAGUAAACAUUUAGGUCACAUUUGUGAUAAUGAAGUCACGAUUGUUUCUAUAGCAGAUGCUAUUCAGGUCGAAGAAGGCAGGAUUUUCCGUGAUAAGGAUAUUUUAAAAUUGAGCCUAUCGUUUUUUGCCAUACGAAACAUGUUUGAGUUUAUGGUUGAACGAUCCGACAAGAAAGAAUAUGUGGUGAGGUGUUCUCAUGAAGGAUGUACUUGGAUAUGCCGAUCGUCAAAAUGGGGUAAAACGAAUCUAUUCAAGAUUCGAAAGAUUGGUAGUCACACAUGUGCAUCAAAUGUGGUGUUGGGGUCACACAGACAAGUAUCAGCUGCAGUUGUGUCAUCUAGCAUCAAGUACAAGUACACAUCAGCUGGCACCAUAUACACACCAAAGGACAUAUGCAGUGAUAUGCUACAUACGUUUGGAGUAUAUUUGAAUUACUCGAAAGCUUGGAGGUCCCAUGAACAAACAUUGAAGAUGAUUAGGGGUGAUCCGACGGAAUCAUUCGGUAGGAUACCAAGCUUCUUCUACAUGAUUCGACAAAGAAAUCCUGGUACGGUCACAGAGUUGGAGGUCGAUAGUCACAAUAGGUUCAAGUACUGUUUUAUGGCACUCGGUGCAUCAAUACAGGGGUGGCAACAUUGUAGGCCCGUAAUUGUCGUUGACGGUACUUAUUUGAAUGGUCAUUACGGAGGUACCCUAUUCACAGCAUGUACACAGGAUGCAAAUAAUGGCAUAUUUGUUCUUGCCUUUGGAGUAGGGGAUAAUGAGAACGACAAAUCGUGGAGAUGGUUUUUGGAGAAACUGAAGAAUGCAUAUGGGCACAGAGAAGGAUUGUGUUUUGUAUCGGACCGUCAUGGCAGUAUAAAGAAAGCAAUAAAACAGGUGUACCCGAAAAUUUGCCAUGGUAUCUGCUCGUACCAUUUGCUGCAAAAUCUCAAAUCAUAUUAUGGGAAAUCAGGGCAAAAUAUUACGCAGGCUUUCAAUUCGGCUGUCCGGGCUUACACAUUAGAAGAAUUUGAAUACAACAUGCAACAACUAGACGCAAUGAAUGAUAAGAUUCGUGAUUACCUGGAUGAAGUAGGCCCUGAAAAGUGGUCACGAAUACAUAUGCCGGCAAACAGAUACUUUACAAUGACAUCAAACAUUGUAGAAUCAGUAAAUGCGGUCACAAAGGCAGCUAAGAAUUACCCAUUGUAUUCUUGCUGGAGUCAUUGCGACAAACAGUACAAAAUUGGUUCUGUGUCUGUCACAUGGAAUGUAUCUCCUUCCAACCAAACAGUGUUCUCCGUGAGCGAUGAAAGGUCCACAUUUGUUGUUGAUAUUGAGCAACGUACAUGCACUUGCAGGAUGCUGCAGGUUGAUUUGAUGCCUUGUCCACAUGCAUUAGCUGUAAUCGCACAUACAAAAAGGGAUGCAUAUUCUUACUGUUCCUAUUAUUACACAAAGGAAGCAUAUGUAAAUGCUUACGAAAGUUCGGUAUAUCCCGUUGGAAAUCCAGGCGAGUGGAGAGUGCCCGAUGAAGUAGAAUUCCAAAUUGUUUUAGCUCCUAACCAAAAGCGGAGUUCUGGAAGACCUACUGAGAAGAGGAAGAGAUCAUCUAGGGAAGGAAAGCCAAAAGUAAGAUGUGGACUUUGUGGUGCACAUGGUCACAACCGUAGAAGGUGCUCAAGUUUGGUCCCAUUAAGUAAGAACGGUUGA